AGUGGUUACUUUCCUAAUUGGUGUUGGUGUUCAUUUCAAAUUCGAAUCGAAAGUUGGGCCGGGAGUGUGUGAUUUUCUUUUUUUUUUCCAAAAUGUCCUAUAAUAACUCUCCUCAGGAUCAUCACCAGGACGUGUUUCAAUACGGCUAUCCUGGACACAGUUACCACUAUAUUUCUGAUGGUGGCAGCACGGUAGGCGGCGACGACACAAGCUUCUGGUCGAACAGCCCCUCCAGGUCAGAUUCCCCAUCCCCAAACACCAUACCGAAUUCCAUAGGAGGCACCUACCAAAUAUACACACAAGUAGGCUGUUCAACACCAAACAGAUACACACCGUACAGAUCAACAUAUCCCUCGAUAAACGCAGACUCGGAUGUAACGACACACAUACACACAGGGGGGCCAUUCGUACGGGUAGUAAAGCGAAGAUCGACGGCGAACAAGAAAGAGCGAAGACGAACACAGUCCAUCAACAACGCGUACGCGGAUUUAAGGGACUGCAUUCCAAACGUUCCCGCCGAUACAAAAUUGUCAAAGAUAAAAACUCUGAGGUUAGCUACGUCCUACAUCUCGUACUUAACCAGGGCACUGGAAACGGACGAUACAGCGGGAGGUUUUAAAGCUGAACUGGGGACGAUUUCCAGGAAAUCGACCAGUAACCCCGCACAAGUAAAUGACUGCCCUGGGCAAUCGUCGCCUAAAAGUGUCAAUUCGGAAGACCUGGGCACCUCAAGGAAAGCAAAAGGGCGUACAGGUUGGCCUCAGCACGUGUGGGCUUUGGAACUGAAACAGGAGCAGGCCAUUUAGCACAGCGGCGGAGCGCAGACGUUUUCCAGAGGUAACUAGAAAAUAAAUGAACUGAUUUUAAAAUCAACAUUGCAACUGACACGGCACCCAUUUAGAAUUUCUGCCGCUUGUAGGGUUUGGGCAUUCAAUUGUAUAUACAGGGUGUUUUUAACAACAAAGUUCAUGUCAACAUCGGUUCCCAACCGAGAUACAAGGUGUUGAAUUUAAUUUGUUUUCUAAGUAUUAACGAAACCGAAUUGGGUAUGUGUCCUUUAGAAAUUAUUUAUAAACGAUUCACUGCAACCACCAGUGGCGUGGUAGACGGGUAGUCAGUGACCUUUCUUAAAUAGAAUUUCUACGUCUGAGCUUUUUUAAUUUCGUGACAUUUUGCAAGAACAGCUUUUCGUUUAUAAUUGAACAGCGUUUUGAAAAAUGUCACAAAAUUUCAAAAAACCCAUAGGCUUGUAGCAAUUUUUUAAUAAAGAGGCACUACCCGUCUACCACGCCAGUGAUAGUUGUAAAGAAUAGUUUGUAUGUCAUUUUUUAAGGAACAUUAUGUUGCCACCAGACGUACCCAACUUGGUUUCGUUAGUACUGAGUAUUUUUUAGAAAUCGCGAAAAAAGUAAAAAAAAAAAUACCUAUAUUUGACAUCCUGGAUCUCGGUUAAGAAGCGAUUUACAACGUACUUUGACAUGAAUUUUUUUGUCCAAAUUGAAGUCCUCCAUCAACUGUUAAAGUUGGUACGUUUAAAAACGAACACCCUAUAUAAAAUUAACAGAAUAAGAUAUUUGAUACACGGAGUGUUCUAUCAGUUUUCUCCCACGGUAUUAAAUAGUUAAAAUAUUAAUAGUAUUGUGACAUUAAAAUGACAUAUUUUAGCUGAAUUUGUAGUAAAAAAUUAUGAUAACGGCAUUAGCGUUCCUGCAAAUUUUUGUACUUACGCUGUAAGACUGUAGAGCACUAUGUAUAGAAAUAUCAAUUUUUGUAAAAUUGUGCCCAUUUCGAAAUUUAUUUUGUACGCUACAGUCAGCUACUCACCGCACGGGAGUAUGUAUGUUUCUUUUAACGUUAUUUCAUUUGUAGAAAUUUCCUCUAAACUGUGUAUAAUAUAUCUAUUUUAGUCAAGCCUCGCCAGAUGGCCCCUUUGUGUAUACAUUUACCUACACCUUAAGAAUUUUAUAUAUAUUAUAAUUAUAGUCGGUUUAUAAUUAGAUAUUUACACUACCAUUCUGUUUAUGUUUUUUAGUUUGUAUUUAUAGAAA